AUGUCGAGCUCCUUUGAGAAGUCCGUCAAGGGCGCUACCAAGAUCAAGGCGGCGCCUCCCAAGACGAAAUAUAUCGAGCACAUCCUCGUUGCGACGCAUUCCGGUGAGGCUGGUGUGGCAGAAGUCUUCCGGUCGCUUCAGUUCCGUUUGCGCGACUCUACCUGGACUGUGGUCUUCAAGAGCUUGAUCACAAUACACCUCAUGAUCAGAGAAGGCUCUCCAGACGCCACACUUGCAUACCUGUCGGAACACAGGAACCUGUUGAGCAUCACCACCAUCACAGAUGCACAAACACAGGGUCGGAAUAUCCGCGUGUAUGCCAACUACCUUCAAGAGAGGGCGAAGGCAUAUCGGGACACUAAAUGCGACUGGGUCCGAGUGAAAGAAACACGGCUGGAAAAGAUGACUGUGGACAAGGGUCUGUUGAGGGAAACGGAAUCUCUGCAGCGCCAGGUUUCAGCCUUGCUGAAAUGCGACAUUGUGGAGGAUCAAUCAUCCUUUGAGGUGACGACCACGGCCUUCAGACUUCUCGUUCUAGACCUACUAGCUCUGUUCCAAUCACUCAACCAAGCCAUGAUCAACAUUUUAGGGUGCUUCUUUGAGCUCUCCAAGCCUGACGCGGAGAGGGCCAUGGAAAUAUACCGCCAGUUUGCGAAACAGACUGACUUCGUUGUGAGCUACCUGAGGCUAGCGCGGCAGUACGAGCACCUCACGCGGGUCGAAGUGCCCAAGCUCAAGCACGCCCCUGUCAACCUGAAGCAGCAGCUCGAGGAAUAUCUCAACGACCCUGAUUUUGAGGUCAACCGCCGACAGUACAUUGCUGAAGUCCAAGCCAAAAAGAACGGUGGCACGUCGGCGGUGUCCAAGGCGUCGGCACCUAGUGCCCCCUCGAAGCCGAAACACUCAUACAGCAACUCUUUCCCCGAGCCUACGCCUGCCGCUCCUCAAGCCGCAAAGCCCCAAGCCAAGGGUCCCGCGCCAGAUCUGAUUGAUUUCUUCGAAUCCAUCGAGCAGAACCAAACGCCAAUGGCUCAAGAACCUGCGCCGCAGCAGCAGGCCCAACAGCAGUUGCCCCAGCAGCAGUUGCCGAUGCAGACCGGUUUUGUUAACAACCCUUACCAGCAGCAAGCUCUUGGCUUUCAGCAAACCGGUCUCGGUACGCAACAGACUGGGCUGUUAACCAAUCCGUACCAGACUCAACAAGCAGUCGCUCCUCAGAGCUACAACCCAUGGGGUCAGCAGCAACAACAGCCUCAGCAAAUCCAAUCCAACUUCACUGGAGCCGGCUUUGGAGGAUACACCCCACAACCGGGCUUCCAGCCUGGCGCGCUGGGAUCCAUUCCUCAAGAAGGCGUCGCCAGCUUCCAGACUGGCACUGCUUCACCUGCGCAAAAUAUUCAGCCACCUCAGACAACAAAUCCUUUCAGGGCUUCAAUGUUGAUGACACAACAGACUGGAUUUUCGGCUAGUCCUGUUGCGUCCGGGUCCAGCAGCCCUCCUGUGAAUGGCGGCCUGCAGCGGCAGUCCACGAACCCAUUUGCACGCUCAUCGCCCCAAGCACAGCAGCCUUUCGCCCCCGCCGGUCCGAUACAACAGCAAGUGGCUACGCCGCCAGCUCCAUUGCAGCCCAUGGCUACGGGGACCAACCCAUUUGCCAAGAACUUCGGCGGUUCAGCGCAGCCCCAGAGGCCGGUGACCAGUGCUGGUCCCCUCGCGCCCCAGCAAACGGGUACCAAUCCCUUCCGACAGGGAGCAUUCGUCAACCAUCAAACUGGAUUAGGCUGGCAGCACAAUCAACAGACGAUGGGGGGAGGCCUCGACCAGCUUGGGUCAAUCCCAGUCUUCCCACGUCCAGCGCAGCAAUCACCAUGGCAGCAGUAG